AUGCAUCUAAUAAGGGAAGAUCCUCCGCUUUUCAACAAAAAUAAGGACGUUUCAAUUAAACUAUUAAAUUUUUUCCCCUCAAAUAGUGAAAAAUCCAAAGACAUAGUUAACCAUAUAAUGACAUCCCAUAAACAAAAAAAAAUAACCCCACUUCAACAAAAAGCCUCAUUGAUUUCGAAGAAAAUUGACAGUCUUAAUAUCAAUGGGGCCCUCAAACUCAUUUCAACCAAUGACACUCUGGCGGAAUCCAAUUUAGAAACCUUAAUUAAGCUUCGAUCAAAGCAUCCCACAACAACAUUUAUGCCAAUAUUGCCCCAACCCUUCUCCCAUUGUGCAGCAGAUUUCACACAGGAAGAAGUAAGGAAAGCAAUCCUAUCUUUUCAUCGGGAUUCGGCUCAUGGUCUAGAUGGGAUUAGACUAAUUUUUUUACAGGACAUUACCUCUCCUGUGAUCUGUACACAGGUUUCAAUUCUCACUAAAAUCACAAACUUAGUCAACAAAAUCCUAAAUGGAGACGUACCCAGCUUUAUUACCCCCUUACUAUUCGGUGCCAGACUCAUCGCACUCCAAAAACCAAACAAGGACAUUCGGCCCAUCGCCAUUGGUUCAACUUACCGUAGAUUGGUCGCUAAAUUAAUCGCAUCUAGAAUCAAACACGAUGCCGCACACAUUCUAAGCCCCUAUCAACUUGGUGUAGGGAUACCUGGUGGGUGUGAAGCUGCUGUGCACUUAACAAGAAUUCACCUUGAAAAUAACCCAAAAAACGAAUCCCUAGUAAAAAUUGACUUCUCUAACGCCUACAACACUCUUUCGCGCAACACGUUCCUACAUUCAACUUGCUUCCAUUUCCCAGCUUAUACCAAAUUUCUUUUCUCUUGCUACCAAUCACCAACAAUCUUACAAUUCAACAAAGAAAAGAUACUUUCUGUUGAGGGUAUCCAACAAGGUGACCCUCUCGGAUCCCUUCUCUUUAGUCUUGGAAUCAAUGACAUGAUAAAAUCAAUAAACUCUUCAUGUACUCUAUCGCUCCACGCUUGGUAUAUUGAUGAUGGAAUCUUGAGUGGUCCCAGUAGUGAAAUUGCCAAAGCAGUCACCAUAAUUAAAGAAAUGGGCACAGCCAUUGGACUUUCGCUUAACCAGAGCAAAUCUGAAUUCUCACUUUUAAAUUCUAAUGCUCCCAACACUCACGAUUUCAAAUUCACAUCAAGCGUUGAAUUAACACAUCUAGGAUCGCCUGUUGGAGGACACGAGGCAAUAAGCACCUUUCUUCAUUCCUCACAUGACAUACUCCUUAAACUGGAGGACAUCUUUACACUUCUUCCAUCACACAAGUCCUUUUUUUUGCUAAAAAAUUUCUUUUUUAUACCAAGGAUUCUUUACGCACUUCGGUCAACUCCAAUUUUUAAAUAUCCUAUUCCUCUCCAAACUUACGAAAAAGGAAUAAAGGACUUAACCGAAAAAAUAGUAAAUAUCAGAUUCAACGAAACUGCUUGGGCCCAAGCAACUCUUCCAACCAAAUUUGGUGGUCUCGGCAUCAGAUCUCCACUUGACUUAGCAACAACUACUUUCAUAUCGAGUAGUCUCUUGACAAAGCCAAUAACCUCCGCCCAUAAUUCUAAAGAAGACCUUUCCUUAAUCGUGGCUAUGGAUAUUUGGAAAACAAGGAUCAAUGCUGAUUCUCAUCCCCCCACAACCCAUAAACAGAAAGACUGGGAUGCACCAGUGGUUGCUCGCUGCGUUGAAACUCUCUUAUCUAGCAUGCAAUCUACCGACCGCACCCUAUUCUCUUCCUUGCUCAAUGGUACGGGACAUGAGUUUCUUGAGGCCAUCCCAUCUACCAAUCUUCAGCUUCAACUAUCCAACAAUGAAUUUACCCAUGCCAUCGGCAUUCGUCUAAAUUGUUCCAUCACUCACCCCCACAUCUGCUCAGGGUGCAACUCGCCAGUUGACUCGAAGGGUAGACAUAGUUUACAUUGUCGCUCCUGCAAUGGACGAUUCAUCAGACACAAGCAAUGUAAUACAAUCAUCCAACAUGCUCUGAAAUCCGCCCAAAUUCCUUCCACGUUAGAACCACAGGGUCUUUUUAGAUCUGACGGUAAACGUCCUGAUGGGAUCUCUCAAAUCCCAUGGAGGAGAGGCCAACUUUUGGUAUGGGACUAUUCCUGUAUUGACCCCUUGGCCCCAUCCAACCACGCCAUCAACAUCCUUGACCAGAAGGAACAACUUAAAAUUUCUAAAUACACAGAAAUAAUAAACGAUCAUUGCUUCAUCCCAAUCAUAUCAACCACUCUUGGCACUUUCGGCAAACUCGCCUUAGCAUUUUUCAAAAAAUUAGGAUCACAAAUCAGCAAACUCUCAGAAGAACCCCGAGAAGGUUUUUUUCUUCGUCAACGAUUAUCCAUAGCGAUUCACAAAGCUAAUUAUAUCAGUUUCUAUGGUAGCCUUCUAGCCAAAGAGCUAUCAUAG